UGCCACGCGGCGUAUACGCAACGCGCUCCCGGGAACCACGAAUCAGGCGGAAAUACAGUGCGCGGCGAGGCUAUAUAAGCAGGCGAUGCGCACCGAAAGCCAACAGAUGGUCGCUGACUGUGCACGCGUGUGGUUAUCGGAGAUCAGUAAACAGCCCAACUAAACACCGAAACUUAUUGUAAUGAAAACGCGUGAAAGAGGCGAAAUAAUCAAAAUGCGGCCGCAUAUUUAUUAAGAUUUUUGAGGUGGCCGAACACAGUGGACCAAAAACUCUUUGGAUCUACGCGGAAUUCCGAUUUCUGAGAGGUAUGCCCUCGACUCAGUGUUUUGUGUUUGUUUCUCCAACAAUGUGCCGCCAUUAAAAAGUUGAAGGCGAGAAGAUUUCGCACGGAACCCGACAUUUAUGACCAUUCGUAGCCUGCCCCGAAAGUGGGCCGCGGAAACUCGCUAAUUGCCUGCCGGACGCUCCGCAGUUGUCGGCAUUUAUUAUGAUUAUUUUCCCGAACGCGCUUCAAUGAAUCUGAACUGCAAGUUGCGAAUUAAUCGAAAGAAAAUAUUAUUCCGCCGCGAGUCUCCGGGGAAAACAAAUCUUUCCAGGCUGUAAUGCCAAGUGACGUGUGCGGGCAGAAAUAAGAAAUCAUAAUUUAACGAAACUACGGGGCAGUUGAUGAGCUCAGGAAACUGAGGGGCUUCUCCCAUUCAGUCGAGUUCCAGUCGAUGGAAAAUUAAUGAAUGUGCAUCGCGCGUAAUGAGAUGUAAACGAGUGGUGCAGCUCAACACAAAAUACCGAAAACCGAAAAGCAAUUUGCUUAAUGGCAUUAUUAAUGGACUCUGAAUAAUGAAGCAGAUUUCCAGCCACAUAUUGAAGCCAUAUUUAGUGCAUUAAAGAAAAAAUACGGACAAGAAUAUUGCGGCAAUUAUAAUUAUAGUGACAUGAAGAAUUACCCAUCAGAGUCCAAACAAAUAGUGUGCGCAAAUAUAUGUGAAAUAAUUAAGCCAGAGCUUUCGUUGAAUCCGUUUAUUGUUUUUUUAUUGUGGACUUUAAUUAAAGAAUUACAACAGCUCCCAUCCGAAUAUUUUCUCAUUGAGUUGUAAAGUCUGGACAUGAGCGAUAAUUUUUGUGAUUAAAAAAAUCCUUCAAUUGUGUGUAAUGAACUUAUAACAUAUAUUUAAAUCGGUUUGUUUCAAGACGGCAAAGACAACAGGGAAGUCCCAUGAGUGCAUUUCAAAUUGGAAACUAAAUGAGCAACUGCUGCUGUAGCACCCACAAAAACAGAGAGUCACUCGUGUCACGCUCAGAAGGAAAAACAGCAACCGACGACCAGGAAGAACAAUACGGUACUAUAUAGUAUAUAGUAUAUAUCCCCAGGGCGGCGCAGAUUGCCAGAGAGAUACGAUGAUAAUCAGCAUGAACCAGACGGAGCCCGGGCUACUGGCUACCGGAGAGCACCUGGGCGGCUAUGCCAGCAGCAGCAACAGUGGCCGCUACCUCGACGACCGGCAUCCGCUGGAUUACCUCGACCUGGGCACCAUCCACGCCCUCAACACCACGGCCAUCAACACCUCGGAUCUGAACGAGACUGCGAGCAGGCCGCUCGACCCUGUGCUCAUCGACAGGUUCCUCAGCAACAGGGCGGUGGAUAGCCCCUGGUACCACAUGCUCAUCAGCAUGUACGGCGUAUUGAUUCUAUUCGGGGCCCUGGGAAACACCCUGGUGGUCAUCGCAGUGGUCCGGAAGCCCAUCAUGCGCACCGCCCGCAAUCUCUUCAUCCUGAACCUGGCCAUAUCGGACUUGCUGCUUUGCCUGGUCACCAUGCCGCUGACCUUGAUGGAGAUCCUGUCCAAGUACUGGCCCUACGGCUCCUGCUCCAUCCUGUGCAAAACCAUUGCCAUGCUGCAGGCACUUUGCAUUUUCGUGUCGACAAUAUCCAUAACGGCCAUCGCCUUCGACAGAUACCAGGUUAUAGUGUACCCCACUCGGGACAGCCUGCAGUUCGUGGGUGCGGUGAUGAUCCUUGCGGGGAUUUGGGCCCUGUCCCUGCUGCUGGCUUCGCCGCUGUUCGUCUACAAGGAGCUGAUCAACACGGACACGCCGGCACUGCUGCAACAGAUCGGGCUGCAGGACACGAUCCCGUACUGCAUCGAGGACUGGCCGACCCGCAACGGGCGCUUCUACUACUCGAUCUUCUCGCUGUGCGUCCAGUACCUGGUGCCCAUCCUGAUCGUCUCGGUGGCCUACUUCGGGAUCUACAACAAGCUGAAGAGCCGCAUCACCGUGGUGGCCGUGCAGGCGGCCUCCGCCCAGCGGAAGGUGGAGCGCGGCAGGCGGAUGAAGCGGACCAACUGCCUGCUGAUCAGCAUCGCGAUCAUCUUCGGCGUCUCCUGGCUGCCGCUGAACUUCUUCAACCUGUACGCGGACAUGGAGCGCUCGCCGGUCACCCAGAGCAUGCUGGUGCGCUACGCCAUCUGCCACAUGAUCGGCAUGAGCUCCGCCUGCUCCAACCCGCUGCUCUACGGCUGGCUCAACGACAACUUCCGUAAAGAAUUUCACGAACUGCUCUGCAGUUGCUCAGACACUAAUGUUGCUCUUAACGGUCACACGACAGGCUGCAACGUCCAGGCGGCCCGCAGGCGUCGCAAGUUGGGCGGCGAUGACUCCAAGGGCGAGCUGAAGCUGCUGGGGCCGGGUGGCGCCCAGAGCGGCACCGUCGGCGGCGGCGAGGGCGGUCUGGCGGCCACCGACUUCAUGACCGGCCACCAGGAGGGCGGACUGCGGAGCGCCAUCACCGAGUCGGUGGCCCUCACGGACCACAACCCCGUGCCCUCGGAGGUCACCAAGCUGAUGCCGCGUUUGGAACAGUACUAAAUUGGCAAUCAAUCCUGGAGCAGCGGGCGGCUGGAGCGGCUUUUGAGUGACGCGACUUCCAAUUCGCUCUUAGAAUUUACAGAAAACACUUAUUGUCCAGUGAUCCAAAGCCAAGCUGAGUUACACCUAAGUUAAGACACAACGAGUAUAAACCUCGAAGCCUGUAAUCUAUUCCUAAACGAGCAUCUCAUCGCAUCCAUCAUCAAAGUCGGACUAAGUCUAAGGUUUGACCACUUUCAAAUCGAAUGCCGGAAAGUAAUUGAUUGAGCCCCCAAUUGGAUUUCGGGUAUUUGAUAAGUCGAAUACGCCUAAGACCUCGAAUAAGUUCCCUUCAAACAGUUCCUAGGAAAUAAUUUCGUUCUUCUCAUAGCUACGUCUUUAUAUCAUCUAAGCUUAGGAUUAUAAGUAGUUGAUGUUCUGUUUGCCAUUCUCUAAUGAUAGGUUAACUUAAAAUUCGCAUAAGUUUAUCUAUAUUAUAGUCCAUAAUUGUAAAAGAUAACUUUAAAGUAAAUGUCAGCAGCUCUAAAAACAUCCUUUCAAUGUCUGCUACACAAAAACUAAAAAAUAUUUUAAUAAAUGUUGUUUACAAG